AAGGUAAGUUGAUUUUUUUCAGAAUUUGUUAGUGCAGCAAUGGAGUUAGCUAGAGUUAUCUUUUCUGGGAUAUUGAUUUCAUUGCUUAUCAAUAUGGUGGUAGCUGCGUACUCAUCACCCUGCAAAUUCAAAGCCAUUUACAACUUCGGCGAUUCAAAUUCUGACACCGGAGCUAUAUCGGCCGCCAUUUUCCCCCGCCAAUGGCCCAACGGUGAAACUUUCUUCGGAAAACCAGCAGGAAGAGUCUGUGAUGGCCGACUUAUGAUUGAUUUCAUUGCUGCACGCCUUGGAUUACCGUUCUUGAGUUCAUACUUGGAUUCCAUUGGAUCAAACUUCCGGCACGGCGCGAAUUUUGCUUCGGGUGGAUCAACCAUUGUUCCUCAGAACAAAACCAUAGCCGAGAGUGGAUUAAGUCCAUUUGCACUUAAUGUUCAGAUUUUCCAGUUCGAUCAAUUCAAGGCACGAACUGCGGAUCUUUAUCGAGAAAACAAAAAGUAUUCAUGCCGGAACCAGUUUCUUCCAAGAUCUAAGGAGUUCGCGGAUGCACUCUAUGUGUUUGAUAUUGGGCAAAACGACAUUGCUUAUGGUCUGCGGACGGUUGGUGAUGCGCAAGUUCUUGCGUCAAUUCCCGAUAUGAUUACCCAACUGGCUUUAGCUGUCCAGCAUCUGUAUACACAAGGAGCAAGAGCAUUUUGGAUACACAAUACAGGUCCAAUUGGUUGCUUGCCAUCAACUUUACUUGGCAUCAGCAAUCCUCCCCCUGGGUUUCUCGAUAACAAUGGAUGUGUCAAGACCCAAAACGACAUCGCCAAAGAGUUCAACAGGCAGCUCAAAAAUAGAGUGGUGAAGCUCAGGGCAGAUCUCCCACAGGCUGCAAUCACAUAUGUAGAUAUCUAUGCUGCAAAGUAUGGACUCAUCAGCAACUCAAAACAACAAGGAUUUGUUGAUGCAAAGAAGAUUUGCUGUGGAUAUCAUAAGAAUGGUAUCGACGUGGGAUGUGGAGGAAUUUUGGCAUUACCAAAUGGGACUCAAAUAUCUGGAACUUCAUGUAAAGACCCUUCUUCAUAUAUCAGCUGGGAUGGUGUCCACUUCACCGAGGCUGCCAAUCAUUGGAUUGCAAAUCUCUUAUUCAAUGGUUCAAUUUCAGACCCCCCUAUUCCUAUCACACAUGCAUGUUACCAUACUUGAUGAGCCAUAGUCUGCUUAUCGUAUACGUUACUCGAAUUCAGAUGAAAAUAUCAUAAUAUAUAUGUAUCAAAU